AUGUCAGCUUUUCUUUCGAGUGUGUUGUCGGGUGGGUCUGCAGCGGCAUCUCUACUCGCUGCUAUUCCAGCUGUAUCUGCCGUUCAGACUUCGGCUAGCUCAACCAAUACUGCUCAAGAUGCGCGCAUGAGUCAACACACAGGAAUUGAUCAGCCAACAACCACCAAUUUUCCUACAGCUACGGUAACCAAUGCUGCUUCUAAGCCCACAGAGCCUCCCAUGCAAGAAACUACUAGAAUAACAGAAAAGACGGAAGAAAAGCCUGCCAGGACAAGAGACAGAAACCAAUCUGCCGCACCAGACCAAGGGAAUAAUAAAACAAUAGGCCCAGAGAUAGAUCCUUAUUCCAGAAACAAUGAAUCUGGUCCAAAGCCUAGGCCAAACAAGAUGGUCUUUACAUCUUCUGGAAAACCUGUGGUUGCCAUCACAUCGUCUGGCACAAAGAUUAUUACCUACACAUCAACAUCAUAUGUUGUGUUUCCCACCACUAUCACAAACACAGACUUCGAGAAGCACCCAAAUUACAGAUCUCAUAACAGAUCGGCUGUAGUCGGAGGAGUAAUUGGUGUGGUUCUAUUGCUUUGCUUGAUCGUUCUAUUGGGAUGCUGUAUCAUUAAACGUAAGAAAAACAAACGAAACAGUGAUUUCUAUACCAAUGCUAAAGGAGAUGGGAUAUUUUAUCCUUCUCCUUUGCAUGAAAGUCACGGUGAUUACAUUAUGGAAGGAAGCAGUAUGAAAAGCGGACGGCCUAUGUCUGUAGCCAAUUCUUCCUCAACUCCAAAGCAGGUCCGAGCAUUUGUUGCCCCUCCACCAAUAACACCUAUAAUGGAAGCAACUGUAUAUCCAUACCAGACAAUGCCACCUUCACCAAGUGCACAGAAUACAUACUAUGAAGGCAAUGGUAUACGUGGAUCAGCUUAUGGACAAUACCCGCUUACUACAGAUCAUAAUUUGCAGCAAAACCUUUACCCAGCUCCCAAUUACGAUCAGCAAUACUACUCUCCUAACGUUGUGGAAUAUCAUUCUGCUGGAUAUUAUCAACCACAACAUGAUAGUUAUACGCCCGGAUACACACACAACGUUCCUCAUUCCAGAGAUUAA